AAAGCCCCCAGUAACCUGUGUGUUGUCAGAGGUCCGUAGCUUUAGCGAGCUAACAGUUAGGGAAAAAAACAAGCUAUUUUGCGGAUUUUAACUAUGGAUAAAAAUGCGACGCGAUAUAAUGUACAGCUUUACAUUUACGACCUGUCGAGGGGGAUGGCUCGGAGCCUUAGUCCCAUUAUGUUAGGGAAGCAACUGGAUGGUAUAUGGCACACAGCUAUAGUGGCAUAUGGUGAUGAGUUCUUCUUCGGAGGGGAGGGGAUCUCCAGCUGUUCACCGGGUGGGACUAUGCUGGGGCCUCCAGACACAGUGGUGGAGCUGGGUGAGACUGAAGUGUCUGAGGAGAUCUUCAUGGAUUACCUCUCUUCCCUGGGAGAAAGCACAUACAGAGGUGACAGGUAUCGUCUGUUUGAGCACAACUGCAACACUUUCACCAACGAGGUGGCUCAGUUCCUGACAGGCAGGCCCAUCCCCUCUUACAUCACUGAUCUUCCGUCUGAAGUCCUCUCCACACCAUUCGGCCAGAUACUGCGACCCAUUCUGGACUCCAUUCACAUUGCCCCUCCAGGAGGUAACGUCAUCAAUGGGGGUAGAAACAUCUAAUCUGAGAGCAGCAGAGUGUUCUCAAGGUCACUUCCAUUGUAGUCAGUCGGUGACAAGUCUCAAACUUAUUUUCUUUCUUUCUGUAUAUAAACUACUGACUAGAAAUGAAUGGCUUAUGACUUGCGGCAGGAAAUCACUGCCCAUCUCAAGGUAGUCACUUGACAUCAAAUUAAAGACCAGGUUAUUUAACUCUUUAUGAAAGUAACAGAGUGCAUUUAAUCAAGUUUUAUGCAGAAGAGAUUUGAGAAACUGCAACAUUAUUUAAAGUUAAUUAUUUUGAAGAAACUGAUAAUAUAAAAAUACAGCAUAUCUGACAGCUGUAAUAAAGCCACCUACAACAUUAAAAUACCUCUUGCACAUUAGUGCAUUAAGCUAACUGAGUAUUUCUCUACUUGGGUACAACAUACUUCUCUAUUUUUAAGUUAAAAAUUAAAGUUUUUCCUGCAUUUUUCUCUGUAUUAAUUAAAUGAUUCUACUUUAACCACUAGCUUGUUAUGCAUAUCAGUGAAUUCAACAUAUUUGGCUGUCUGUUGUUCUGAGAAUCAUCUGCUGCUGACUACAGUGGAUUUAAUCUGAGUAUACACUUUGACAUGUUUAGUAUCGGAUUCAGAUUGAAGGAAAAGCAGAAGAGCAUGGCUGAUUCUUGGAGAGUCUUUUAAUGUCAAUCAUUUUUUUUCAUUUUGCACUUUUAUGUAUUGUUUUUGUUAUUUUGUAGCUUUUAGUUCAUUUUCCACCAACAUUUUUUUUGUACCUGUAAUCUUUGUCUCUACUGUUUGUGUUAAACUCAUUUCUAUUUGUGAUCGCCUACUUCUGUUAUAAUUCCAUUUGUCACAGAGUCCAUGAUGCGACAUAUAGCAGGUGAUUGAUGCCUAACUUGCACAGAGGCUUUUAAGAUUGGAGGCAACACAGAACUUGUUCUAAUGUGUAUACCUCUAUAGCAGGACUGGGAUCAGUUCACUGUAAAUUCUCUGUAUAUGCAAGCAAAUCUUGGCUGUCAUUAGCCCUGUUUGAUUACAAAAUCAAGCAGGGCAAGAUCAAACAUAGGGCACACAGUUGCCGCCAAAUAACCUCCCACACAAUUUUAUGAAAACAAACAAAAACACUGCAUGUUUGUUUAUUUCUGAUUAGGCUGUUUUAACAGAUUGUGCUUUCUGGUUUUAAAUCUACUCUUUUUCUGAGGUUUUUUUUUUUUUUGCCUUUUGGCUUUAUUAGAUAGGUACAGUGUAGAGGUAGACAGGAAAGUAGGGAGAAGAAUGGGAGUAAGACAUGCAGUAAAGGGCCAUGAGCAGGAAUCGAACCCGGUUCAUGGGUUGCCCGCUCAACCAGUUGAGCUAUCCGGGCGCCCCUUUAAAUCCACUCUUGCUUAAUUGAAAGUGAACCACACCACAGUCCUGUUAGAUGACAGAAUUUGUCACAGGUGCCUCUUCACAUGUGUUACCAGCUCCAGAGGGAGAUGCCGAUCAUAGAUACAUUUUUAUAUAUAGAUAUAUUUUUAAGACUGCAUGUGUUCCAGAUGCCAUAUGAAUAAUUCUAACUAAUACCACAUCCACGGAAUAAUUUUAAGAUAAAGGUAACCAUAUGCGGAGCCAUAUCCUGUACUUUUAACCUAAUAACAACAAGCUUGAGUCCUUUAAGAGCUACCAGAGUGUGUUUGAAAUACAAUACCCCUCUGUGCCUUCAUUUCGCUCUGCUCAGCUACAGUCACACUGUUGGGAGUUGGCAUGGUUAUCAUAUAGCACAUAUGGUAACUUCCAAUGCAGCCUGCAUUAACAAUCUGACACCUUUAUUUAUAAACCUUUAAUACACAAACUAGGGGAAAGGAGUACGAUGGAGCUUUCAACAGUAUUCAUACAACAUGUGAUGCACUCCAUGUAUAAAAUGUAAAAUAUUGCAGAUUUAACAACAUCUAGAUCCAGCAGGCUGCACAGCCUAUAAUCUCAGUGCAUUAUACACUGCACUCUGCCAUCAGUAAGAACACAUAGCUGUCUAAUUUUAUUAUAAUGCCGGAGAUAAUAUGUUUUAGGAUUUAUCUGAUGAAGACACACUCAGAAACCACAGUGAACCUCACAAGCCUUUCCCUGCUUAAACAGUGCAUCUGACGAUAGAAGCACAGAAAAACUCAUUUAAACAAUGUGACUGAACCAGCAUUAACUUUCAUAGUUUUCUCCUGCUUUUAAUCAAACCCUACACAGACUCGGAUCUGCAAGCUUUUCAAAUCUUUGUUUUCAAGGUUAACCUGAUCUUUGAAAAUAUUUGGCUACUUUUAGAGAACAAAUUGAGACCAAUCCCCUUCAAGAGGCUCGAAAGCUCAGGUGAAUCUGGGUUUCUGUAAUUUUGCCUUCUGCUAACCAACUAACUGACAUGCUUACCUGCCGCUGAAAUGUAUUGCUGCACAAGUCACCCUUUGUUGCUCUGAUGUACGUUGUUGCUGACUGCUACUUGUAAUGUGAAAAUUGCAACAGAUAUUUAUGGAUAUUUUUUCCCAAUUCAAGAAAUAUAACUGUGGUAGGUAUAUUUAUGCAUAUUGUUUGUAUUGUUUGUGCAAUCGUUUUUUGUAAAUACUACUGAUACAUAAAGCCAUUGACUGCAAA